AGUUUGGACAGAUUUCAGGAGGUAAAAAUGGAGUCUGGUGUGUUCAUAUUUUUGAUAAUUUCGAGCGUUUUCAUACAAACAAGUCACGCGGCGGACUUCUACGGACACAGCGUAAGGUUUUUGCAGCUGCAGAAGAAAUCAGACGGGACGAUACCGCUGACUUUGGUGAGCAGAGAAAAUGGCCACUCAUCCUGCUCUGCUCAGGUGUCGUACUCGUGCGACGGUAACGCGUGUGGGAACUUUACCACAGGCACCGCCGAGGAAACAACCAAUGACAUAACCGGAGAGAAGCGCUGGUGCCAAACGGAGCAGAAAUCCACCACCAAGCUAUCGGCUCACGCCAAAAACGUGGCUCUCAGUGCCUCUGGCUGCUGCUGGGCGUCGAAUGUCGAUAAUGCAAAGAACUGGACAGCCACAGCUCAUCUGGAUUUGGGACAACGCUCUGACACUUUCGCCAUCAACCACUGCCCCGUCACAGCCACCGUCUCCAAAAUAAAAGUGCCUCAGAACUGCUUCACCAAACUGAAUCUCUUGGCUCAUGAUCCAGACGGAGAUGAAGUCAAAUGUCACCUUAUAUACAACUCUACAGCAAAUGUUGUGUUUGACGAGAACAAGUGCUCGCUGACUGCCAGUGGGAACCUGAGUGUGGGGCUGCAUGUGUUUGAAGUGAUGAUGCAGGACUUCCCGGUCAAAGACAUACAAAUGACAUAUUCACAAGGACCCAAGGUGUACCUCAACGUGUCCGACCCAAACCUGGAGCCAAUGUGCAGCGUCAAAAUGCUCUUCUCACUGGAAGUGCUGGCUCCUCUGCCCAGCUGUAAGGUGGGACAUGUCCAGCCCAUGCUUCUGUCUAAGACGCCUUCACAGGGGGCUCUGCUCUACGCCUCAGUGGGACAGCCCUUCAGCAUCUACGCAAUGGCCAAGGCUCACCACAACAGUAUUCAUGACUUCCAGAUUAGCGGCCCUUAUAACAUGACCAAAGUAUUCAAAGACAAGACUCUCGGACAUGCAGAGGUGACUUUGAGCUGGACUCCACAGGAAGAGGACGCGUACAGCCACGUGCCUGUCUGCUUCACUGCGGAAACGGACGAAACCCAAUCAGAGAUGAGAUGUGUUGUCAUAGUGGUAACCAAAUCCACUAUCGCUCAAGGAAAGGCGAACGUGAUGUGCGAAUCUAACAAAAUGGAGGUGUUCUUGGACAAGGCGUCGAUGCCAGGGAUCGACGUGAAUUACCUGAUGCUCCUGGACAAGACCUGCUCCCUCACCUCCAACGACACCCACAUCAUGGGCAAGAUCAGCUUCAGCACCUGCGGCACCAAAAUCGAGGAUAAGGGUGACUUUAUUGUGUUCUCCAAUGAGAUCGACUCUUUCGAGCUGCCCAACGCCAUCAUCACUAGAAGAAAGAAAGUUAAGAUCGGCUUCUCCUGCCAGUUCCCCAAAUUCCUCAGUAUCUCCAACUACUUCAGUGUGCACCAAGAUGACUACAUCUUCACAGAGUCCACCUUCGGCAGCUUCGGAUACACGUUUGAGAUCUACAAAGACGAAGACUUCACCAAGAAAGUUGAGGCUAAUGAGUACCCAGUGCAGGUGAAGCUGUUUGAUAUGAUUUACCUGAGCAUCCAGGCCAAGUCCGACCUGCAGAAAGUGACGAUGUUUGUGGAGUCGUGCAAGGCCACUCCGGAUGACAACCCGGACAACAGCCUGUUCUACGACAUCAUCACGGACGGCUGCCAGAAAGAUGAGACUUUAUCGAUUAAAAAGUCUACAGAUACUACAUUCAACUUUGAAGUGCAGGCGUUCAAGUUCACAGGAAGCAAUGACCAGGUCUACAUCACGUGCUCGGUCAUCCUGUGCGAGAAGGGCAACUCGUUCUCCAGGUGUUCCCAAGGCUGCGUGUCGAACGCUAACCAAGCCAGACGGAGGAGGAGACGGGCGGUUUCCAAGGAGACCGUGGACCACCGGAUCACCCAGGGGCCUUUGCUCUUCGUGGGAGAGUCUUUCACCGAUAUUGAAGAUGAUUCAGGAGAAGGCUUAGGAUUCAUGGCUGAACAAAAUCCCAAUACCACUACACCGAUGCUGAACGAUGACCCGGAGAGAAAGAGGCCCAAGACCCAGGCACCAGUGCCCAGGCCUCGUCCCAGCUGGUCUGUCCGCAACAGAGGCUCAGAAAAGGAGGAGCAGGAUGAUGAUGACUAUGAUGAUCAUGAUGAUGAUGAUGAAGACGAGUUCCACAAGAUCCGAACCCUCCUCAGCUCAGCCGUCGUCACUGUGAUCUUCGCCUCGGGCUUCUUCAUCUCCAUCAUCAUCAUGGUGGUCCUCGUGUGGUACUUCACCAAGAAGAGAAGAGGGGAAGAUAUGAAGAUGCUACUCGAUUCAGAUUAAAAUAAAAUCCAUAUAUACAAUAUAUUUACUCAAAACUAUAUGUUAUUGCUUUACAUGUAUUACAUAAUUUUUCAUUCUAUCUUGCCAUUUUUUUCUGGAGCCACCAAACUGCUGUAAUUUUGAGCAAAAUGUUGUUCUUUUGAUAUUUUCUGUUCAAAAAUACUAAAUUGAAACUAAGUUACAACAGAUAUUUUUUAUAUUUUUUCACCUCCUAUAGUUACUACGCAUGUCACCAUAUAGUAAAUUAGUAGGGCUGGGGGCAUUUUGUCGAUGGUGCCUUAGCCAACUAAUCACUUUUUUAAUUCAAAUGAUUUAUAGGACAACAGCAGUGUGAGUGAGUCUUUAACAUUGCUUCCUAAUACUUUUUUUCUGCAUAAACAGUUGUUUUUUCAUGAACUCCUGAGCAGGUGUGGUGUUGUAAACUGAUAAUGUCCAAUUUGGUAAAAUCCUGCUUUGAAGUAAAUUUGAAUAAGGGAAGGUCUUAAAUUGAAAAUUCGUGCUGUCAGAUGAAAUAAUGCAAGCUUAAGAAAGUUGUUGAUAAGAUACUGAAAUCUUAGAUGAUGAAACCUUUCUUUAAGCUAGUGUGUCUGUGCAAAGGUGGAGUGCAUUUGAAAUAUAUUUUUCUAAUUAUGACUAGUUAUGGUUAGUGGGAUAGUACCUUUGGUAAAUAUUCACUAUAUUUCAUCAUAAUUUUACAUCAGUAAAGUGGCAGUUUGUGAAGAAAAGUAGACAAAAAACUGUCAUCAAUUCCAUCCAAAAUGCAGGAACAUUCUACACCCAAGGAAGGCAUUUUUCUGACAAUUUAAAUAUUGAUUUAAUAAAAUAAAGGUGCUGUCAUUUAUUUUUUAGUCUUAUCAUAACUAUUGUGUAAUUUACACAAGUUUUGGCCCUUCUUAACAUUAUGACUGAUAGGUAACAUACCUGUGCGUGUCAAAUCUGCUGUCCAUCCUCAGCCAGGAGGUAAAAUUAUAAACUUGACCAAAAUGACAAAACCAGAAAAGACUAGGCAAAAGUCACGGUAAAACCUGAAAUCGAAUGAUGUUAAGUAUGUUUUUGAGAAAUGUGUAGUCUAACCUGUCACAUUUAAAUAUUUCAAGACUGCAGCCUCCAAAUUGCCAAAAAUCCAGUCAAGCCUCGUCAGGCACCAAGUUAAAGCAGCUUUCCUCUGCAAACAUAUAAUUUUGCUGUUUUCCACAUUGUAAAUCUAUCACCUCUGGACUCAGCGCCUUCUUCCGCCAGCUUCAGAAAUCAGCUUUUUCUACUUUUGUGAAGUUCGUCAUGUUUUUUAAUCACUAUGUACGACACAUUCCUGUAAUGGUGGAUGUUUCUUACUUAGUGCAAUAUUUUACAUCAAAGUUUUAGAUAUGACAAAAGGUGUCUAAACCAUAUACUAUACGGACUAAACCUAGAAUUGUUUUUAUUCCCACUGAAAUUGGCUGGAUUGAUAAUUUGCAGUGACACACACUUUCAGAAGCCUGUGGUUAAUAUGUUUAUUGUCCUGUUUAGGGUUUCAGAGUUCAGCAAAAAAGGUGAGUAAUUAAAAACAAAACAAAACAAAACUGGAACUUGUUUAACAGUACAGAAUCAGCUCUGUUAUUUGUUUUUUCCUCUUAAUUAAUGACAAUGUAUAAUUUGAUUUAGGUGAAGUUCUCAGAAGAAAUAACAUUUAAUACCAUUGUGUGUAACUACAAAACAAAAGAUCUACAAAUGUCACUGCUUGUAAUAUUGUUUGGAAACAUAUUUAUUUUAAAAUUAUUUACACAACCCCAAACAAAAACAAAAAAAUGGUAUGGAAUAGUUUGUUUCUGCAUCUUAGGAAAACUAGUGAAUGUAAAUAUUUGAAGGAAUUUGUCCCACAAGUAUUUUUUUCUUUCUGGUUUGGAAAUAAAACUUCAACUAUCAAGGCAA